GGUGAAAGACAUCGCGCACUGUAGCACUGGAGAGUCUACAAGAAAUGGCGUGGGAAAACACACUGAGGGCGGGCGAAUCUGGCUAGUCGUCUCUCUUUCGUUGUCUGCACUCAUUAGAUCUCGUCCCAGAGUUUUGAGAGCUGAAGUAGAGCGUGACUUUAGACAAUACCAUCCUGCGUAGGCAAUAGCGAAACUGACAAAGAUGAACGGAAUGACAGAGAGAAAACAACUCGGGUCCAGUCCUCUGGCGAGGAAACGGCGAUGGAUUCAUGUUUUAAUGUAGUGAAUGUUCACGCGUGGACGUUUAUUACUGUUUAUUUGGUUUAUUACGAGCGCAUGCUGAACGGAGCGGGCGCGAGAGGUUGAAUGCAGCCGCGCAACGCGAACUGUCUACCGCUUCUGGUGAGUGUUGUGGAACAGGGUGAUGGGAGUCCAGGACUCUCUGUUGCCGGGCUUACGGCAUGUCACAAAACAGUUGGCUCAACUUCUGCUGCUGGUCCUACUGCUCUGGAUGCUGUUUUUCCUCGUUGUCUUUACCUACUUCACUGACUCCCAGGUGAACCAGCCCCAUAAAAUGUUCAAAACGUUCAACUCUGAAUCUGAACACUCAACCUAUGUUCAGCAUAGUUCCCGGGCCAUCAUGGCAUCCCAUAAUUCCCACUGGCGUCUGUAUGCAGACAGGAAGGGUCCUUUCCAGCACAGGCAAGUGUUUCAACCUCCUCGCACUAGAGAAGAGUUUUAUUUCAGGAAUUUUGGCGAACGUCAUCCAAGAGCUAGGAAGUACUUGAGGAAGCCUCCUAGAAGUGGGUACAGUGAUGACUAUUUUUCCAAUGACUGGUCGGUGGUUCGUGGUCUGUGGAAGGGUCAGGUGUCCUCCAAAAUGCUAAACCAUCGACUCCAGCAAGCCUUGAAGGACCAUGUUCACUCUAAUAAGCACAAUGUUCUCUACAAAGGCCAACGAAAGGCAAACAAGAGUGUAGAGGAGAUGCUGUGUCAGAUGAAACGGCAAGCCCAACUCAGGACCCUGGAUGGCUCUGAACAGCCCUUUGUUCACCUAGGUUUUAAACAGCUGGCUUCUUCUAAAUUGCAGAAGAUGUACACAACAUGUGCCGUGGUGACUUCAGCAGGGGCAAUAUUGAACUCAUCACUGGGACGUGAAAUUGAUUCCCAUGAUGCAGUACUGCGUUUCAAUGCUGCACCCUACAAGGGCUACGAAAAGGACGUGGGCAGCAAGACAACCAUUCGAAUCAUGAACUCUCAGAUUCUAGCAAACCCCAAACACAACUUCAGCAGCAGUUUGCUUUAUAAGGACAUCACCUUGGUAGCCUGGGAUCCUGCUCCUUAUAACAUUGACCUGCAUAAGUGGUACCAGCAACCCGAUUAUGACCUGUUUACUCCAUACAUAAAUCACAGGAAGAAUUUCCCUCAGCAGCCCUUUUAUAUCCUGCAUCCUUCAUUCAUCUGGAAACUCUGGGAUAUUGUGCAAAGCAACACAAUGGAGAACAUUCAACCCAACCCUCCUUCCUCAGGAUUUAUAGGUAUAGUCAUGAUGAUGAACUUUUGUGAGGAGGUCGAUGUGUACGAGUACAUUCCUUCUAUGAGACAAAGUAAUCUGUGCCAUUACCAUGAGAAGUAUUACGACGCGGCCUGCACAUUUGGGGCAUACCACCCUCUGCUUUACGAGAAACUGCUUAUCAAGCGAAUGAGCACAGCUUCUGAGAAGGACCUCAAGAAAAAGGGAAAGGUCACACUGCCAGGAUUCAGUAAGAUCAACUGUCCACUGUGAUUUACAGACUCAAACGUACAGCAGCGUAAAAAGAUGUACGGGUCUUCAAGACUGUAUGAACCCUUAACAGACUCUUAUCAUCUAAUAGAGGUUUUACCCAUAGUUCUUGUAACAAACUGAGACCAGACAUUGCAAUGAGGAGGGUAAUUAACCACAUCAAGUCUGAUCAUCUUAGGAUGGUCCUUAUGCUGAAAGACAUUAGGCUACAGCAAUGGUGACAGAAAUGUCAUUAUGACCUUAAAAUGACCUCAAUUCAGAGAUUACAGAUGCUGUACAUACAAAACAUGAUGUGAUGCAGGACAAAAGGAGAGUUUCAAAGUAAACUCUUGAUAUACUUGGAAGAGCUAUACUGAAAUUAACAAAUAUCAGAUUGUAAAUAUAAAGAUCCACUUACACCAUUUCCUGAGAGGAAUCAAAUUCUAGUUUGUGUUCUAAGUAUAACACAGAAAAAACAUAGGAAGAGAGGGUUGAAUAACAAGUUUUUCAUUUCCAAAAUGUUGGAAUUUUGUAGUCACUGUCAUUUAAAGCUGCUCACAUUUUAGGACAAUUACCUUUUUAAAAAAUGUUUAAAUGUGGUAAGCUACAGUAUGAAAUGAGUUGAGAUGGAAAGAGAUUUCUCUUUUCUGUCUAUCUGUGCCGAUGUGGUCAUUUUAAAUAAAUCUUUUGCAGUUUUCAUUGGUUAGAUGAAAAUUCAAAGCUGUUAAUAUACCAUAGAGUCAAGAUCAUUAGAUUUUAACUGUAGAGAAAUGAUCAGUGUAAAUUUUAAAGGUUUUUUAUAAAUGAUUUAUUUCAUAAUAUGAAUGUGAACUACUACUGACAAACCUCUGAGAUAAGACAGUGUCUAACUUAGAACAGUUUAACACUGACCUAUGGGCAUAUAAUUUCUAUUAACCUUUUUAUAUUUUUUGUGCUUUAGUAAAAUGUUUAGUAAAUGUAUUUCAAAAACUUGUAUUAUAUUUUGACACAAAAUGGUGUCUCAAGGUGUACCAAUACUUAACUGCUGUUAUUGUUUAAAGAACUCACAUUUUGAAUGGAGUUUAGUAUUUUUGAUCUUUUCUUACAAUCAGUUUUGUACUUGACAUUGUUCUUUCUAUAGGCUGGUAAUUUGUUUCAUCAUAGUGGAUGUUGGGUUAAGACAAUGAAAUCAAAAGAAAUGUAUUUGUGGAAGAAAUGUGAACUUUUAUGCACCCAUGGUGGUUCAG